CUUGUUUGCCAAUAAGAAGACUUCAUUUUCUGGUUAAUCCAAGGUCUUAGUAUGGUUAUAUUGACCUUUUGACGCUUGACAGUUCGAACUUCUCUUUUUAAUCCAUGUAAAUCUCAGUCCGUUUCAUUUAUAAACAAACACAGAAGACAGUGACAGAUGUUGAAAUAGUUGCAUCGACAUGGUCGGGUGCAGCAAGUGAUGAAGUUUGUUUGGCGGGUUUUCUGGAAUAAAAGGAAUGUAUAAAAAGGGACUAAAAAUUUUCCAUAGUGUGUUUUGUGUGUGUUUUUUAUUCAAGUAUGGAAAAUUCGUCGUCUGGUGUUUAUAAGAACAGUGAGGAUUUUAUAGCAACCAGAAAUUUACUUUUAAGUAUGGACUAUGAUAGUGGAUAUAUUUCACAUAAAUCUGAAUCAAAUUUAGAUUCGUCUUCGGAAAAUGCUGAAAAUGUAUUGCCGUUAUCUUCAGAGCCGAUUUAUUUCAGUGAAGACGCUUUGCUAGAGACACCUGAAUGCUGUAAGUACCCAACUAUUAGCUUAGAGAUUCAACGAGAAAAUUUUGAAGAAACUAGAAUAAUGUUCAAUUCUCCAAUUCUUAGUAACUGUACUACACACGUAUCUGGAUCUAAUGAAUCCGUUCGCAGUCAAGAAUUAAAUUACAGCGGAUUCAAUUCCGAUCAAUGUAACAUUUCUCCGGAAAUCCCAUUUUCUAAUCGAAUUGUAGUAGAUAGUACGAGUGUUGAAAACACUAAAAAUUCGAUGUACUUCUCACCAGAUCUUCAAGAUUUUAAACGAGAGGCAUUUAAAAAUAUGCAGAAUAAAAGCUCAGUUUUUGGUAACAUUACUAACACUUUAGCUACCAAUGAUCCUAUUAAAAAACUGACUUUAGUUUUAUCCAAAUCUGAAAAAGAGAAUAUUUAUAGUGUCAAACGGAAGUAUCGGAGCUUAACACCAACGUCUGAGAAAAACUUUUUAAUAAAAGAGUGUGAAAUUGAAGAAAAUAAAUAUCAGGAAUCAUUUUUUGAAGAACCGGUUCCAGUAAUAACUGAAAAUGAUUGCUUGAAAUGUGCCAAUUGCAAUGCGAAUAUCAGUGACGAUUAUACUAGUUUUGAAGAAAAUGAAAUCAGUUCUUUUAAUGAUUCUUCUGUAAAUGAACAUAUUAGUGUUAAAGUUGUCAAAACAGAAGAAAAUCAAACAGUGCCAGUGUGUUUCAAUGAAAAUCAAAUUGAUAAUUCUUCAAUAUUUAAAUCUCCUAUAUCAGGAGCUGUUGAAGAGAUAUUCAAAGGAUUUAAAGAAGAAGAAAUUACAAUAGAUCCCAUAAUUAAAACAGAAGUACAUAUAGAUGCAGCUAUCACGAGCCCAAGUGCAAAUUUGAUAGAAGAAUGUAGAGAAUUCAGCACAACAACAAACUUGGAUGAUUUUCAUACAGAAAGAGAAUACAACAAUAUAAAAACUGAAUAUAAUGAAAUACAUGUAAUAAAAGCUGUAGUUUAUGAAACUUUGCAAGAUAUACUGAAUAAUUUACAUAAUUCUGAAAUUAAGAUCAAUACAAACAAUAAUGGCGAACAAAAUUUACCUGAAAUCCAACCAAAAAAUGAACAUGUUCCUGAAAUCCAACAAAAAACUGAAAAAAUGGAUACCUCUGAAAGUACUGAAACCUCUAUUGAAUGUUCAACUGAAAAGGCCUGUUUGGUGGCACAAACUCCAGAUAAAUCUAUUGAAAAUACCAACAAUUCAGGUUUAAGUCCAGAUCUAUUUACUGAAGAUCAAAUAGAAGAACAAAUUGUUGAAGAAAUCACUCCUUCAAUGAUAUACAUCCCGAAAGAAAGAUAUAUUGUAAAAAAAGAUUAUGUUAUUCUGAAAAAAACACAAAAUAACUUGAAAGGUGUGAUUCCCCCUCGUAGCGUUACUCUGAUAAGAAUGCCCAUUAAUGAAAUGUUGAGUAAGAUUGAAAGCAAUAAAAUAUACUUUUGGAACAGUUCUACUGUAAGUGGAAGUCGAGAUGAUGCACAAUCAAAAUCUUUGCUGGUUAAUUCCUCUAUGGAAAGUUGCAAAAAGAAGGAGUUUCCAAGUGUUUUGCAACGUAGAGGUCUUGGCUUGUAUCACAAUCGCAGCAAAUAUUCUGAAGAAUUUGAAGAACUAUGCGUCAAAUACGGUCAGAGAUACGUAGGCGCCGAAACGCAAUCCUCGUGCACGGUAUUCGAAACAAACGCGACCAGUCCGACGAAACGUCGUAAUAUCAAAUCACAAUGGAGUACGAAAUCGCCUGGAAAGCGUCUCAGCCAUCUGGCGAGAAGACGAAUCACUUUUUCCAGCGCCAAUUUACAAUCUGGCAGCUCGUUUUUGGCUGGAUCAAGAGCUAGACAAAUCGUAGUCGAUGCCAAGAAAUUGGACCUAUUGAGUAGAAGAAGGAGUCCCAGGAAAUCUCCCAGGAAAACACCUAGAAAAAGUCCCAGAAUUAAAACACGUACACCUAGUAGCUCCGCAAAAAAGAAGCUGGCAAUGAGGUUUAGGAAAGUUACAGGAGAAAUAGAAAAAUCUCAAGCUAGUACGUCCUUCGAUGCAGCCACUGCGUCGGCGAAAAGAACCCUGUUCCACAGUCCAGAUGAAGAUAAAAAAUCGAACAGGUUCAUACCCAGCACUUCUGGAACUUCUUCUAUAGAUACGGACUUCAAAAAAACUACCUCAAAACGUGCCUUAUUUAUGUCUCCUAGCAAGAGCUCCCCAUUGAAAAAUUUGGGUUUCAAGCGAUCUCCCGUGAAGAGACUGGACUUUGGUAUGGAAAAGAAACGAAAGCGUACUGACAGUGAGUCUGUAGAUGGAUUCAUAACCAAAUUUCCUAGAUGCCAAUCUGAAAUUUUAAAUUCUACUGUACCGGAUGCGAGGGCGUUCAAUUCUAGGACUAGAAGUGAAUUGAAUCUGUCCCAGAAUAGGCAACUAAAGGAAUUAACUACCAAUCAUAAGAAGAAACUUCAAUUGGCUAUAUAUGAAGCUCUUCGUUCUCAAAGCGUCCUUCCUAACCAUCCACAAUUCAAGAUUUUCGCCUCAAAUUUAGGCCGACUGACUAGAAAAUUGUUCUUGAUGACUACAGCCGACUGCGUUGGUGUCACCGAAAAAAUGUUGCGCAUCGCCAGGGUCCAUGCCUUUGCCGUGGUGAAGGGGAAGUCCCCUGAAGAGAUAUAUGAAGAAUUCUUGAAGCAGAGGUCGAAGAAUUUGAAACCGCAUGGUUACGUGGCUCCUGCGGCGACUGUCGUUGCAACUAUUGUGGAGAAACCACAAUCCGAGAGGAAACUGGCACUGUUUGGGAAAGCCAGUACUAGCGAAAAUAAGAUUGAGAGAAUCCGAAAGGCCAUUAAUUUUGGGGACGAUGACAAUAGAUAGACUUAAGUUUAUUUUAUGUUUGGGGUUUUUAUUUAUUGUAUAGAGUUUGAAAUAAAGGUAUAUAAGUUUUUAUUGUUUUUAUUCUAAAUAUUAUAAGUGGCAAACAUGUUGAAG